AUGGGGGGGGGCGACCAUGCUGGGCAGAGGGGUGAAUGGCACCUGGAGCCCGGGGCUGGCUCGGGCUCACCUAAACAUCUUGGAACUCUGGGCAGUGUUCUUUGCACUAAAACAUUUCCUUCACUUUCUCCAAGGUCGCCAUGUCUUGGUAAAAACAGACAACUCCGUGGUGGUGGCAUACAUCAACCGCCAGGGUGGCACUCACUCUCUGCAGCUGCACAAGUCAGCUCGAGUGUCACAUGUGCCAGGCGUAUUGAACAGGGGGUGGAUCUCCUAUCACGAGGAAAUCCACUGUACGAGAGAGAGAGUGCCAGUGGGACAACAUUCUCUGGUCUGUCAUUUCAUGAAGGGUGCACGCCGCAAGCUCCCAGUUUCCAGACCCUUAAUUCCUCUGUGGGAUCUGUCAGUAGUGCUGGACGCAUUAUCUCAUCACCCUUUUGAGCCUAUGGAGGCUGUAGGGAUGAAGUUUGUCUCUUUGAAAACAGUUCUGCUCUUGGCUUUAACCACAGCGAAGCGUGUGAAUGACUUGCAAGCUUUUUCUAUCCGCCCUUCCUGCUCGCAGUUUGCCCCAGGUGGCACUAAGGUCUGCCUACGACCCAACCCGGCUUUUGUGCCUAAGGUGGUUGAGUCAGCUUACAGAUGUCCCACUGUGGAGCUUUUGGCUUUUCACCCUCCUUUUUCCUCAGGUGAGGAGCAGAGGCUAAACACGUGUCCAGUGCAGGCAGUGCAGGUGUAUGUGAGUAGAACAGUAGGGUUCAGGAAAGCUCAUCAGCUGUUCGUGUCCUGGGCUACUCCUUAUAAAUGCAAGCCACUGUCUCGCCAGAGGCUGUCUCACUGGAUUGUGGAGGCUAUUUCCCUGGCCUAUAAGUGUCGGGGUUUGCAGCCCCCCAAGGGUCUCAGUGCUCAUUCCACAAGGGGUAUGGCCACUUCAUGGGCUCUGUUCAGGGGAGUGUCAUUGCAGGAUAUUUGUGCUGCUGUAAGCUGGGCUACCCCUCACACUUUUGUGAGGUUUUACAGGCUUGACGUCUCAGGGCUGUCCUUAGCACAAGCAGUGCUAGAAGUAAACACGCCAGGGUCAGUGUUAUUGCUGACAGGCUGGAUAUGUUUAUGGCCUCUGCAAGCUUAUGCACUCCAGGAGUGGUCUAUAUUUCCCAUAGUGAAACACUGA